AUGGUAUCACAAAUUUCAUCUCCUUUAACAAAUACUACAGUAUGUUCAAUAUGGAAAAUAGAGCGACUAAUUGGGGGGGGAAGCUUUGGGGAUAUCUAUUUGGCAGUUAAUACAGAAACUAAUGAGGAAGUAGCAAUUAAGGCGGAGUCAACAAUGUCUAGACAUCCGCAAUUAAUAUACGAAACAAAAGUUUUAAAGCUUCUGCAAGGAGGAGUGGGUAUUGCAAAUGUCUAUCAUUGUGAAUUAGAUAGGGAAGUAAACCAUCAGAUAAUGGCAAUGGAGCUUUUGGGCCCAUCUUUGGAGGAUUUGUUCAAUUUGUGUCAUAGAAGAUUUACAAUGAAGACUAUUUUGAUGAUUGCUGACCAGAUGCUUCAGAGAGUAGAAUAUAUUCACUCAAAAAAUUUUAUCCAUCGGGAUAUUAAGCCCGAUAACUUUUUAAUUGGGCGUGGGAGGGGGUCUCGAAAUAUUUAUGUUAUUGAUUUUGGCCUUGCUAAGCGCUUCCGAGAUCCAAAAACACUACAACAUAUUCCAUACAGAGAAAAUAAGAAUUUAACUGGGACUGCUAGGUACGCUUCUAUUAAUGCUCAUCUAGGAAUCGAACAAAGCCGAAGAGACGAUUUGGAGGCAAUAGGUUAUGUGCUAAUGUAUUUUUGUAGAAAUGGGACUCUUCCAUGGCAGGGAAUUCGCGCUAAUAAUAAGGAAGAGAAGUACAAAAAGAUUAUGGAGAAGAAAAUGGGUACAUCGGUUGAAACUUUAUGUAAGAAUUACCCUCCAGAAUUUGCAACAUAUUUGCACUAUUGUAGAGUCCUCCGUUUUGAAGAUAGACCAGACUACACUUACUUAAGAAAACUUUUUCGUGAUUUAAUGCAAAGGGAAGGCUAUGCUGACGAUGGGGAUUUUGACUGGACCAAACUAGAAUCUAAUGGGAAUAAAAAGCUUGAGACAUCUACUAGUAUUCAAACAAAUAAUUAUGUAAAAACUACUGGUAAGUCCCUGGUUCCUCAAAUACAACACAAUAUUUCUCUAGAUAAAAAUAUAUUUGAUCAAAAAAAACAAUCUAAGAAUCAUAAAAAGUACAUAAAUUCAUCAUCCUCCAGAAAGGCUAAUAAUUCAGGUGUUCCUGCAAAUUCAAGUAAUAUUCAACGAGAAUGUUCUCCUUUAGAACAAAAAUCUGGUGUCGAAAAUAAGGGAAAUAAAAACCCGAAUGACACAGCAAACAGUAAUAUUUAUAAUAAGCUGACUUCUGCAAACAGUGGCAAGAAAAUUUCGGAUACUGGAGAUCAUAAUCAAGAUCAGACUCUAAGUUUGAGUCCUAAUCCGACUUUAAACAGAAACAAUUCAAAAGCUAGGAAUAAAGUUAGUAAUGGUUAUAGAAAUACAAAGUAUCAAGACACAGUAUCGUACGAACACAGAGGAAAAUCUAAAAAAACACAAAAGCCUUCCAGGCUGAAAAGAGGUUUUUGUUCUUGUAUUAAAAUUGAAGGAUAA